CGCCGUACCACUGCGUCAUUGAAAUCAAUUUUCCGAUUAUGGACAUUCUUACGCUUUGUUUUCGUUGUAAAAAAAAAUCUGGAGGCUUGGAAGCUUUCGUGUUUCCUCCCUCUUCUCCGCGACGAGUGCAUGUUUCUCACCAGCGGCAGUUAUGUUUCGUCCACGCAUAGCAGGUCUCUGCAACACGAGCCAGCUAUCGCAUUCUGCUGUCGUAGCAGCAGCAUCACGGCGGACGGUGUCUCGUGACACUAUUCUGCAACGAGCUCCCGCUUUCCCACGAACUCAACGUCUCCCUCCUGCUAGCCGCCGCCAUGUUCAAACCACGUCGCAGUUCCAACCCAUGCGGCCGCCGUCUCCCGAGUCCCUCGGCAGGCCAACGGCCGCUCGCGAGUUCAAGCGCAGCCGCAAAUGGCUGCGGCGGCUCGUGAUCGCGACCACCGUCGGCGGGACCUUAUAUCUCUUCGACAGGCAGCUGUUCGCCUCCGGCAUCACGCGGUCGCUCCGCACGUUCGGCAACGGUCUCUACGUCGCCAUGGACUACAAGCUCAACUUCCGGCCCGAGCCGCUCCUGGGGGGCACCGUCGGCGACCUGCACCGGCGGAGCGCCGAGCGGCUGUUUGAGCUGCUGCGCGAGAACGGCGGUCUAUAUCUCAAGAUUGGUCAGGCGAUCGCCAUGCAGAGCGCCGUGCUGCCGCCGGAGUUCCAGAAGAUGUUCGCGCGCAUGUUCGACGAUGCGCCGUCGCACGCCUGGAAAGACGUCGAGAAGGUGAUAAGGCAGGACUUCGGCGGGAAGAGCACAGAAGAGGUGUUCGGCGUCAGUUUCACCGGUGAAGAGGGAAAGGGCAUUUUAGAGAGAAAGGCAAGAGCCAGCGCGAGCGUGGCGCAGGUACAUUGGGCCAGGCUGCCGGAUGGCAGGGAGGUGGCCAUCAAGAUCCAGAAGCCUGAGAUUGAGAAACAAGUUGGCUGGGAUCUGUGGGCAUUUAAAGUCGUCAUGAAGGUAUACACAUACUGGUUUGAUAUACCAUUAUACUCGAUAGUUCCGUUCAUCUCGGAACGGUUAUUGCUCGAAACGGACUUCCAGUCCGAGGCGCAGAACUCAGAGACAAUGCGGAAACUGAUCAGCACCGAACCUAGCCUGAAAGGAAGAGUAUACAUUCCACAAGUUUAUCCAGAGUUCACGACGAAACGUAUCUUGGUCACUGAAUGGAUCGAGGGCGUGCGGUUGUGGGACAAAACCGCGAUGACGAAUAGCUGGAGAGGCGGCUACGGUCGAGGCUCAGAGGGCGUACACGGUGCCCAGCUCAGCUCGCCGGACAUGGAAGAGAUUAGGAGAAAGAUUCGAGAUAACCCGGAAACGAACGAACUCAAGCCCAACCGUGAAUUCUGGAGAGGACGCAACGGCAAAGGAGGUCUAGGUUUGUCUACCAAGGAGAUUAUGACCACUAUCGUCGACCUCUUCUCUGCUCAGAUUUUCAAAUGGGGUGUUGUGCACUGUGAUCCUCACCCUGGCAAUAUCUUUAUUCGGCGAUUACCAUCGGGCAGGUCGGAAGUUGUGUUGAUCGACCAUGGUCUCUACGUAUACAUGUCGCCAAAGUUUAAGAACCAGUACGCCCGUUUCUGGAAGUCGUUGAUGACGUUCGACAAUGAUACGAUUGGUGAGAUCUCAGAAGAUUGGGGCAUCAAAGCUCCAGAUAUCUUCGCCUCCGCGACUUUGAUGCGUCCCUACGACGGCGGAGACGGAAGCGCCAAGAAUGAAAUCCUACGAGAAAUGGAGGGCAAGACACCGGCCGAACGUCACUUCGAGGUGCAGCAACGCAUGAAGCAGGGACUUCGCGAAAUGCUGGCGGACGAGGAUAAGUGGCCGAAGGAGCUCAUCUUUAUUGGCCGCAACAUGCGCAUCGUGCAAGGCAACAAUCAAUUCAUGGGCUCACCAGUAAACCGUAUCAAGAUGAUGGGCAACUGGGCGAGUCGGUCUUUAUUUGAGGAUCCGAACCUGCCGUGGGCGCAAAGAUUUGCGAACAUGUGGCGACAUAUGUUGUUCAAGACCGUUCUUGUGGCAUCAGACGUCGCGUUCUACGGUUUCAAGGUCAGACAGUGGCUUGGCCUUGGAGGAGGAAUGGAGGAUGAGGUUGAGGCUCGCAUGAGGGAAAUGGCCAAGGAUUUCGGCGUCGAGUUACAGCAUGAGAUCUUUGAGGGGUGAGAUCUGUACAUUACAUAGUAGAUGCAUGUGCACGGAUUGGUCCUGUUAGAGUAAGAUUUGUGUAUAGAGGAUAGAGAUCACCAUGUGGCCUAUACUGUAGAUAUCCCCACUUGCAAUUGAAAUACCUAAUCAUUUGACAGUCCACAGCAAUCAGGACGUCGGCAC